AUGGACAGGGACCCGAGUGAAGACGACAGUAAGCGUGGGGGCCUCCGUUUCGAGGUCAAGAGCCCUCUGGCACCCCCCACUGAACUGCUGGGGCUGCCCAGCCACGACUGCCUUCUUCAGAGUGGCAGACGGCAGAUGCUUCUUCAACCUUCAGAGGCUCUGGGGAGGCCUUGGGAGCCACUGUCCUGGUCCUCCAUCCUGGAACGCAGGGUCCCCAUGGUGACGGAGGAGCUGGCCCGGGAGGCCCUCCUCAGCUUCGUGAGCUCCAAAUGCUGCUACGGCAGGGCAGCCGCAGGUUCCCUCAUCAUCCAGGAGCUGAGGCAGCAGACACUCUGCAGGUACCGACUGGAGACCUUCAGUGAAUCCAGGAUAAGUGAAUGGACAUUUCAACCCUUCACUAACCACGUGGUUGACAGCCCACACAGAGGAACCUUGCCCAAGCUUUGGGACAUCAAGGUCCAGGUCCCCCCGAUGUUCCAGGAGGACACCAGGAAGUCCCAAGUGCCUCACUCCUCCCUGGUCAAGGACUGCCACAAGUGCUGUGGGCAUGGGCGGUACAAAUGCAGUGGCUGCCAUGGUGCCGGCACGGUGAGGUGUCCAGCAUGCAGCGGAGCAAAGCGCAAAGACCGGCCACCCCGGAAGUGUCCCAUGUGCUCAGGCUCUGGCAGGCGCAGAUGCAGCAUGUGCUCCGGGAGAGGGAGCAAGAUGUGCUCCACCUGCAAGGGGGAGCGGAAGCUGGUGCACUUUGUCCAGCUGGUCACCAUGUGGAGGAACAGCCUGUUUGAGUUCGUGUCUGAGCCCCACCUCGACUGCCCCAGGGAGCUCCUGGCCAAAGCCAAAGGAGAAAACCUCUUCAAGGAUGAGAACCCGGUGGUAUACCCCAUUGUGGACUUCCCCCUGAGGGACAUUUCCCUGGCCUCCCGGAGGGGCAUUUUGGAGCACAGCUCUACCCUGGCCUCCCGGGGACGCAUCCUGCAGCAGCGCCAGACCAUCGAGCUGGUCCCCCUCACGGAAGUUCGUUACUGGUACCAAGGGAAGACCUCCGUCUACUACGUCUAUGGCACUGACCACCAGGUGUACGCGGCGGCUUACCCUGCACGGUGCUGCUGCACCUGUACCAUCGUCUGA